UAUACAGAACCAUCUUGUGUUUUCUGCCUUUCAUCUCCUCCAGAACCAACGCAGAAGAGAUGAACGACUCAGAUGUGUCCCAGCAGAUACAGCAGAUGGUUCGGUUCAUUCGUCAGGAGGCCGAAGAGAAAGCGAAUGAGAUCUCCAUCUCUUCCGAAGAGGAAUUUAACAUCGAGAAACUGCAACUGGUAGAAGGCGAGAAGAGAAAGAUCAAACAGGAGUACGAUCGGAAGCUCAAGCAGGUCGAUAUUCGUAAGCGAAUUGAGUACUCGACCCAGCUGAAUGCAUCUCGGCUAAAGUACCUACAAGCGCAGGACGAUGUCGUAAAUUGCAUGAAGGAGACAGCGGCCAAGGAGCUCAUCCGUGUCUCCAGCGACAAGAACGCUUACAAGAAGCUUCUGAGAGGAUUGAUAGUUCAGAGUCUGUUGAAGCUCAAGGAACCAUCAGUGCUACUGAGAUGCAGAGAGAUGGACAAGAAGACAGUCGAAUCCAUCAUUGAAGAAGCUAAGAGAGAGUAUGCAGACAAAGCCAAAGUCCAGGUUCCUAAGGUUACCAUCGAUGCCAAAGUUUUUCUUCCUCCUCCUCCCAAUCCCAAGACAGCAUCAGAUUCUCAUCACCUUUCCUGCUCUGGAGGGGUGGUGCUGGCAUCUCAAGAUGGGAAGAUAGUCUGCGAGAACACCUUAGAUGCACGUUUGGAUGUCGCCUUCCGACAGAAGCUACCCCAGAUCAGGAAGCACCUCCUUGGAACUUGAGAGAACACUGAAGCAUGAUUGGCUGCAACUGAUAAUAAGCAGCAAAUGUGAUUUCUUUUUUCAUU